AUGGAAGAUUCUCAGAGUGAGCAACAGCGGAUAAUACGACGCCACCACCGCGAGAAAAAAGAGCUGCAGGCCCGUAUCCAGGGCAUGAAGAACUCGGUCCCCAAGAGCGACAAAAAGAGAAGAAAGCAGUUGCUCCUAGACGUGGCCCGCCUCGAAGCCGAGAUGGAGCAGAAGCACCAGCAGGAGCUGGAGAAGUUCCGAGAGAGCUUUCCUGAUAACGGCAACCUCGACUCCGUCACGGAAGAUCUAGCCAAGAUGGAUCUUGAGAACCAGCCUCCCCGGCAGUCCCGGGCACAGAGAAGGCGCGAAAGAAGGGCGGCGCUUGAGAGAGAGCGCCAGGAGAGGAUCACCGAGGCCGAGAUGGAGCACCUGGCUAGCUUCCGCCGCGAUGAGGAGGAGAAGCUCGCCGCCAUCCUAGGAUCCAAGAAUCUGGAGCUGAAGGAUAUCCCGGCCGAUGGCCACUGCAUGUAUCGCGCCAUCCAAGACCAGCUGGUGUUCUCGGUGACGGUAGAGAGCCUGCGGAAACGCACCGCCGAUUACAUGCGCAAGCACGUGGACGACUUCCUGCCCUUCUUCAGCGACCCGGACACCGGCAACGCCUACAGCCACGAAGACUUCUUGAGCUACUGCGACGACAUCGUGCGCAGCCCCUCGUGGGGAGGCCAGCUCGAGCUGAGGGCCCUGUCGCACGUCCUGCAGACGCCCAUCGAGGUGAUCCAGGCCGAUUCGCCCGCUGUCGUCAUCGGCGGGGAGUACACCCGGAAGCCGCUCAUCCUCGUGUACCUGCGCUACGCUUGCAACCUCGGCGAGCACUACAAUUCGGUGAGGCCGCUCGAGGCCGGCGCUGUCGGGGGCGCGGCCCCGCGGCUCUUCUAG